CCCAGGUGAAUGUGCUGCUGCUGCUACACAGAGACCUGGGCAGCUCAGGUGUUCUGUGCUUAAAUCACUGAUUUUUAACUAACAAAUUCCAGGAAAAGGACCUUCAGUCAGGAGAACUGGUUGCUGCUGUUUCCUUGCAUUGGAAGGGAAAUAAUGCUCCAUUCUACACCGGCCUUGUCCCUCCUGCUAAUUGCAGUCACUUCCAACCUCGCAAUGGCAAUUAAAAAAGAAAAACGAGCACCUCAGACACUGUCAAGAGGGUGGGGAGAUGAAAUUACAUGGGUACAAACUUAUGAAGAAGGGCUUUAUCAAGCAAAGAAAAGUAACAAGCCACUGAUGGUAAUUCAUCAUUUGGAAGACUGUCAAUACUGCCAAGCACUGAAGAAAGCUUUCGCAGAAAAUGAAGAAAUACAGGAAAUGGCCCAAAAUAACUUCAUUAUGCUGAAUCUCAUGCAUGAAACCACAGAUAAAAACCUGUCACCUGAUGGACAAUACGUGCCUCGAAUCAUGUUUGUAGACCCAUCUCUCACAGUAAGAGCUGAUAUCACGGGAAGAUACUCCAACCGGCUUUACACCUAUGAGCCGAAGGACAUGAUGUUCCUAAUAGAGAACAUGAAGAAAGCACUACGCCUCAUUCAGACAGAACUGUAACCAGUAACAGUGAAAUGACCAUAACCUCUGCGAGGUGAAGCUGCACCUCUCUGUCUCUACUUGCAAGCUGAACUUUUACCAAGCAGAUUUGGUAUAUCAGAUUUCAUAAGAAAUGUAUAUGUACAACUUGGAGAACAAAAAUAGGAAGACUAAAGCACCCAUUUGGAAAGCAUGAAGAGAAAUAUAUAAAACAUUUUGAAAUUAAUUAUCUGAAUAACUGAAAAUUAUGGUUUUAAGUGCAGCAAAUUCAAGCUGUAUUUUAGCAAUCCAAUUAUGACUCUGUUAGGUGAGCUAUGACUUCCGAAGAGGAGUUAUAAACAAUCUUUUUGAUGUCUAUUUGCAGUUUAUUACAUGAGUUAAUAUCUACAUCUUGCCUCUCCAUUUUAACUUUUAUUGCAAGAAACUUAUUAAUUGUUAGUUUACCCCUGCUUUAUUCAGUCAUUUUUCAUUAAAGGAAAGGAAACUUUGCUGUCAAAUCAGACCGAAAAGCUCAUGCUAUAAAUUUUGGAAUAGCUAACAUAAGGAAAAAAAAAACAAACCAAAACCACAAAA